GAAUGAAAAACAGUACAUUUACAGUGGAAAUAAAAAUGUGUAUUUGAUAUAUUUAUAUUUAUCAUUCAACACGAAAUAGUGAAUAAUAUUUAUAUCACAUGCACUGUUAGUACUGAAGUUACAAAAUAAAGUAAUAAUUGGAAAAAUGACCAUGUUAGCUAGUACGUCUUGGGAAGAGCUGCGGAAGCAAGCUCGUCUACUAGAAAAUGACAUAGAUGUAAAACUGGUGGCAUUUAGUAAACUUGGUGUGAGUACCACAUCUAGCCUGAGUUCGGAGACUGUUCCUCUGAUCAAUAGUGAAGAUAUGUUUGAUACAAUGUCUAUGGAAUUGCAGCAAUUAUUAAACAAGCUCUCAUCAAUUAACGACAAAAUGGCGGAUUUGGCACCGAGUGGCGCUGCUACGAUGCACACGAUAAAGAGACACAGAGAAAUACUUAUGGACUACCAACAAGAGUUCACAAAGACAUCUGCCCGGGUUAACGCACGGCGAGAACGCGAGGAACUGCUACGCGGUAGCAGUCCUCCGCCUGCUGCCGGCCUCAACCGCCGUGAUCAGUACAAUAAAGAAGCCAAUCAUUUGCACAGUUCUCACAUACUAGUAGAUGAACAGAUCAAUAUAGCGAUGGAAGCCCGCGAGCACCUCGCGUCACAGCGACAGACCUUCAAGCGGAUGCAGACACGGUUCAACGACAUCACAAACAGAUUUCCAAUGCUGAACAGUCUCAUCUACCGAAUUAACGCCCGCAAACGGCGCGACUCCCUGAUAUUAGGCAUCGUGGUCGCCAUCUGCACAUUCCUGCUUCUAUUGUACGCAUUCCAUUGACUUUGAACGGCAGAAACUUACGUGAUAAAUGGAUAUUUAGAUAAUAUUGAAAUGUUACUAUAAUCAAUAGGGUUGAUUUUAAAAUUUUAUUAUUUUAUCAUUAGUAUACUAACACUGUGGACCUGGACAUGAAGUAAAAAAUAGCAAAGUGACACGCAUCAACGUAGUGCAUUUCUAUAAAAUAACAUUUACCGAAAUUUCUUUCCAACUGUUCACAGCGGCGGUACACUAAUGGAGUCAAAUUCUCUAAUUUUAAACUUAUUAAUACUAAAUUCUUUUAACACCACUAUUUGAAAAGCAGUAAAAGAAUACAUCAAUAGGUUUUGAUUAGCAUUCGCAUAAGAAAUAAUUAAACACCGACGCUGUCUCGUUCUGUGUAAUGUAUGCAGUAGCGAUAACGAAUCUAUCGAUAUAUCCGUUUACAACUUUUUUAAUGAGAUGUAAUACUUUAACUGAUGAGAUGAGAUGUAAUACUUUCAGGUAUAAAUUAGGCUCUAUCACAGAUAAUUAACAUGAUUACUAGAAGCUUUAUUGAGCCUAAUUUAAAACUUUAAAUUGGUAUACGAACUGAAUUCAGUUACGGCUUCAUUUAAUUCAACUAUUACAUUUCAGAAUUGGACUAUCUAUUUGUCGGAAAUUAGUGAAUUUUAGUGAAAGAUUGAUGCAGAGAAUGUGUUUACAGAAUCGAUCCUAUUCUAAAUCUAUAUAAAUAAUUUAUAUCAAAAUAAAUAACAUGGUAAUCAUUUCAUAUUUUAUCCAAGUGGCUUUGUGCAGAAAUAUAGCUUUAUUUGAUAUUAUUAUAUUAUUCUUUUAAUAACAAGUUGGGAAGCCAUUUCAGAUAUGGUGUAACAUUUAAUAUAUAUAAUAUACAAAAAAUCAAAUCUUUCUCAUUAUAAAAUAGAGAUAUUUUGAUUUUUUGUUUGUAAUGGACAAACACAGAAAAUAUUUAACCGGUUUUAAUAAUUCUUUCACCUAUAGAAAGCUACAUUACCAGCGAGUGACAUGGGCUUAAUUUGUGUUGUUUUAUUUAAAAAAAUCGUAUAAAUUCAGGGUGUGUCACUAGUAUAAUAAUAAUAAUAAUGCAAUUUUAAACUGUGAUUGAACAAUGAAAUAUAAGUAUUUACUUUUCAAACAAAUAAUAAUAAAGUUAUGUGAGCAAAAGGUAUUUAUGAUGUAACAUUAUAAAAGAUAUAAAAUUUAAACAUUAGAAAUAUAAAAACAGCUAUUUUUUUGUAAUAUAGUACUGAUUGGGGAUCAGAGAAGGUAGAAACAAAUUUAUGGUUAAACGUUUCCUAAGCAUACUUUAUAUUUUAAUGCAGAGGUGCCCAGACUUUUUCUCAUAGACCUUCAAAGACUUAAAAAUUACCUGGUCCCGGUGAACCUCCUUCAUCAACAUUUCUACCAAGUUGCUAAAACUCGACAAAAAAUGUGAAUAUUGGAUCAAACUAUGGCAAUUUGCGUUGCGGCUGAGUUCCAACCACGAAUUAAUAGUUUUAGAAAAAAGUGAAAAUUAAUUGAUUGUGCUGUGAGUGAAUGUGAAUAAAGUAAAAUUGGUCAAUCAAAAGAGUGAUUCCAUUCAACUUUUUUGACAUCUAUUCACAGUACAAAGAACCAAUCAGUUCUCAUUUAUUUAGAAUUGGAGUGGUAAAAUCCCCAUUUGGAGUGGUAAAAAUAAAAAAAAAAGUGUAUUUUUGCGUUGUAUAUAUUCAAAUGUGUAAUUAAUAAACUAUUAAUUAUUAUCAUAUUACAUUGUAAUAUGAUUGAAUUUUCGUGGACCCUGGACCACUUUGGGAACUAAGGUUUUAAUGUAAUAAUUAGUCAAUAGCUCGCGCUCGUGAUUAAGGAUCACGAAUUGAUCCCGAAACUAGUUGAGCUUUCUCGAUCUAAUUACACGCAAGUUAAAUCGAUAGUUAUUACAUUAAAAUUAUUUAUACAACUUUGUAACAUGACAAUGUAUAACACCUUGUAUAAGUGUCACAGUAAAAAUGAAUCAUUGGGAUACUAUCGACUGACUACUGUUAAACCUGAUUUAAAACAGUUAUUUGACUAUUUUCCAUCAAAAGUACUUGGUUGUCUCAUCAUAUAUUUGUGUAUAAUAUAAAGUAUUUCUAUAUCUCUUUAUAAGCCUAAAUAAUUAAUAUAAGGACGUAAACUGUAAAUAUUCUGAUGUAACUGUUUAUUAUAAUAAAACAAUACUAUUUAUUUUUA